GAGGAGCGAACCCCGGAAGCUCCGUCGUUACUUACAGGGGUCUCUGUCACAGCCCGUUGUUAAAGCGGAGAACCACCGGGGCUGACUACGGCCGCUUUGGGGCUGGAAUUUAACACGAACUAGGCGUCAAAAUGCAUAAAGAAGGAGAUGCCAACGUGAGAAAAUUGGAAUAUUAAGGUGUCAGCGUACAUGCCAGACUCGCUGUGUACUUCAUCCUGAAUGCUUGUCCAGGAGGUACACACCACAGUAUGCUGUUGUGAAGCUGAAACAUAUUAGGGCAGGAUGCAGUCUUCAAACCACCGACUACGAGAUAUGGAGCAGCACCACCCGCUGCUGUCAGCAGGUGCAGAUGUCGAGACAGGCAGCCUGGCAUCCGGCGUGAUGGUCGGGGGUCCCCACCCAGGCCACGCAGCAGGAAACCGUACACUGUGGUUUAUUCAGGACGGCUGUGGUAUGGUGUGUGCGGCCAUGACCUGGUUCCUGGUGCUGUACGCUGAGUUUGUGGUGAACUUUGUAAUGCUUCUGCCCGCCAAGAACUUCUGGUACUCACUGCUGAACGGGGCCACCUUCAACUCCCUGGCCGUGCUUGCAUUGGCCUCGCACAUGCGCACCAUGUUGACUGACCCGGGUGCAGUUCCUAAAGGCAACGCAACCAAGGAGUACAUGGAGAGCUUACAGCUGAAGCCUGGUGAGGUCAUCUACAAGUGCCCAAAGUGCUGUAGCAUCAAGCCUGAGAGGGCCCACCACUGCAGUAUUUGUAAGCGAUGCAUCCGGAAGAUGGAUCAUCACUGUCCCUGGGUCAAUAACUGUGUGGGAGAAAAGAAUCAGAGAUUCUUCGUUCUUUUCACUAUGUACAUAGCAUUGAUUUCUGCCCAUGCCCUGGUCCUCAGUGGUAUGCACUUCUUCACCUGUAUUAAAGUCCAGUGGAGCGAGUGCAGUGAAUUCUCUCCAGGGGUGUCUGUGCUGCUGCUGAUCUUCCUCUGUCUGGAAGCCGUCCUCUUCCUCACUUUCACAGCUGUAAUGUUUGGCACGCAGAUCCACUCCAUCUGCAAUGAUGAGACGGAGAUUGAACGUCUCAAAAAUGAGAAGCCCACGUGGGAGCGUCGCAUGAGAUGGGACGGAAUGAAAACUGUGUUCGGAGGCCCGCCGUCUCUGCUGUGGUGUAACCCGUUCACGGGCCUACGUCUGCGCCGCUUGCUGCUGCUGACCCAAGGUCGCCGUGGCGGGUCUGAGUUUUCCGUCUGAGAAGCAGGUCAGACUGAUGCAGCUCAUCAACACUUGGCAAGAUGUCUUUGUACGCCUUCUUCGGCCGCUCCUGAGAUGGACCUCCUCUCCCGGAGGCUGUCCUUUUUGAGUUGAUGACAGAGAGGCAGGUUGCUGCAGAGGGAACCCAGAGCAUCACUACUCACUCUCACAUGCCUUUGGUGUUGGUGUCCACGAGUAUGCCAAACAGCUGGAAUAUUUUUCGACGUGAGCAGCUUUUUGGCUUGUUUAUGUGUUUUUAGGUAAAGCAUGCAGUAUGUAACUCAAGUGAUCCUCUUAUUCUCGACCGUCCCGAGGUGCUGUUUGAACUAAAACUCCCGCACCCGCAGCACACAACGUGGCAGUAUCGUUUUCUUUGCUGCACAAAUGAGAUUCGGAACUAGUGUUUGAAUUAUUCGUGAGGAAAUCAGCGACAUAUCUUUCAUCAGCACUGGACCCAGACAAGUGGAUCUGAAUAGGAAACGCUGUUCUGUCGGACCCACCGAGGGACUCACAGUCAAGGACGCGCACUACUUACAUGACACUUGAGGAAGAACCUGAAUGUGGAGCACGGUGGGCGUCCGAGAUUGAACUGUGCUGCCUCAAUUUGCAUGUGUAACAGCUCAAUCAGUCAGCAUAUCAGCCUGAGAACGAGGCUUUCAUCAUCUUCAAAUUAACAGACAGGCUACUGUGAACAUAGCCUCAUUGUCAUUCAAGAGGACUGAGUGGCUUUUCCUUUGUCAUGUUUUUCCUCCCUUCAGCUGAAAUUGUUGGUUCUAUAGGUUACUCUGGCCAGUUAAAAUUAAUUUUCCCUUCUUCUUCUUCUUCUUCGUUUUUUUUUUUUAAACAUCUGUUGCACUGUGACCAAUCCUCACAGCUGACCGUAAUGACUCACUGAAGAUGAUUAGUGUUAUUCUGAACCCUCAUUUGGAUAAAAGAAAUGUUGUGUUUUCUUAAUUGUAAGUAUGCAUAAAUCUGCCAUUGCACCACUCCUACAUGCUGCUCAGUAUCCAUAAGACUAAACCAGACCACUGAAAUGCCUCCCUGUGUUUUCAUCACAAAGCGAUUCAGGUCGAAUGUUAACUGAAAGUCUGCAUCCUUUUCCUGUACAUGUUCUUCUCUGUGUGGGAAACCGGGUGCUACAUCAAUGGUAGGAAUCUAUAUAAUGUAACAGUCAGUCAAGACUUCACAGCAGUUAAACCCUGAAAACCAACCUUACAAAUCCUGGACACGCAGCCAAGUCUCAGUGACAUGGUCACUUUGCCAUGCCUCUUGGCUGUGUGCUUAAGAUUUUGAAAAGGAGAACUUGGAAACGCAACGUCCUUUUAGCCCGAUGUGAUCUCACUCUGAUCAACAGAGCCAAACUCCAUUGUGAAGUCGGCCCAUGGAUUUAAAAUGGAGGCGCUUUGCUAUAAAAGACUGAGGUACCAGCUCAUUAUUCAAGCUUUACUACCGAAUGUCAUCUCGGGGAGGCCUUUUCCUACGUUCCACUCCACAAUUUUCAGGCCUGUAACAUCCAGUGGCAGGACAACAGCAGACACUUUGCCGGUGUUAUUAUACACUUGCCCACGUGUUUGAAAUCUAUCAACAAAUUUAUCUUCUAGAAAUAUAUCGUGAUUCUUUCCAUAUUUAUGAACACGUCCAUUUCAUAAUUAAUGAACCUUUUAGCAUUAGAGGAAUGUGACUUUUCCGAGUCCUCAGUUCAGGAUUUAAAGUCUCGCAGGCUGGAAACGUUAAGUAUUAUCAAGUCUCAUUUGCUCACCUGCAGGACGGUGCGCCGGUGUGUGUGUUCUCCUCUGUGGUCGUCAGGAGCAGGAAGUCUAUGUCCACUGUUUACACUAAAUUAUGAUAUUCAAUGCUCUGUGGUUAUGAUGUUUUAAAUGACAUGCUGUCGUUCGAAUGUAAAACUAUUUUGGAAGUAAGGGUUGCAGCACUGAAAGCUAGCUGAUGUCAGGGGAUUUUAUUGAUGCUGGCAUCUCCUUUGUCAGUUCGUUCUGCUGGACUGCUUCACCUGAGCAACAGUCUUCAGAUUAAAUGUUGCCAGAGUAUCACUUUUCCUGUUCGAUCAGUGUCAUACUGCAUUCAGCUACGAUCAAUCAUACGCACAUGUAUAAAAGAACAGUUGUGUGAGAUUCAUCAAUGGGAAACGCAAUGGGAGAAUGCAUGCUGUUUUGCAGUCACACACAUAUGCAACAGCUGGAAAAAGAUGCAAGUUUACAUGGCAAAAAUACAUCCAGAGUCAAUGAGCAAUAAACCUGAAAUAACAUUAGAAUAGGUGCAAAUAUUGGAAGCAGGACUAAGUCAGUUCUAAAAUGUUAGUUCUAGGUAGGAAAAACAUCUGAGACAAUUACUGAUUGAUAAACAUUGCCGUGUUGGCUGGGUGUAAAUAUCUGAUGUUGAUUGGUAUCAUGUGGACAAGCUUGUUUGAUGUGUGCGAGUAUUUUUACAGUAGGAUAGUCCAGUUUCUUGACCAAACUCAGAUCUAGUCAUAAUGUCGUGCAUUGAGAUUCUGUUACAGGGUUUUCAUGUUCAGUAAUAGAAGCAAUGAAUUUUUAAAGAGAUCUACUGAUAAUUGUGUUUCUCUUCCUUCUGCUGUACGAGUUGGGAAAGCUACAAUCACUGUGGGGAGAGAACGAUUGUUGUGCAAAACUGUGUGAGCCAUUACAUUACAACACUAUUCUAUCAAAGCUUUUUCUGACUCUGGUCGGAUUUAUACUGAAAAUCAAGGUUAAAGAGAAAUUUGUGAUCUAUAGUGAUGAUACUUAAUAGGCUGGAGAUUCACCAUUAACGUCACCAUGAACAGAAAGAUUUAGUUUCCUACUCUCCUGAGAAUGUGUCUUCAAGAGCAAAAGUCCUUCAGCUUUAUAAAGUAUAAAGGUGACUAUUAACAAAAUAUAAAAGGAAUGUUUUAUUCAAGUUAUUUUUUUUUAUUGUGUCAUAAUCUUAAAAUGUCUCAUGUUGUUAAAGUCAUUCUUUUACAUAAUAAACUUGACUAAAUUAAAGCUAAA